GGGGGACGUGGCCUUUCUGCACUAAAAGAGGUUGCAUGCUGAAACCAGGACAAAAUGCGGAGCCUGGCAUCUGCGUUUCCAGUGCAGGGCUGAUGCUUGGGCUAGGAAAUCCCAGGGGCAGGGCGUCCCCACUGACCGAUGAGCAACCCCUGAGCGGGUGGCCUUUAAAACCACUUUGCUAGAUCGCUGCAGCUCGCUCCUGCACCUUGUGAUUUUCCCAUCUUCCCCACAAGAGCAAUUGCUUGCUGAAGCUGUUUUCUGGAUCUCCAUUUUGUGGAGCUCGGAGGGGGUUAUUUUCCCCUCUGUCUCCUCUCCUUUGAAGGAAGUUAUGCUGACGUUACAUCUCCAGGCUCAGGACGGCAGGUAUAAAAUGCGAAACUGCAGACGAGCCCACCAGAGAAAGCCCAAGGCGCAGAACUAGACAGACAGCACCGAGCCAGCCCUGCCAGAGUCUUAGUGGCAGCAGUUAACAUCAGAAAGAAAAUUCUCUCCGGAGGCGUGGGGACAGGCACAAAUAUGAGAUCUCUAUAUUUAUUCCUCCUGUCAGCGUUCUGUUCAGCCCAAAAGACACCAAGACUGAAGUUUACCCUUAAAGACUCUCCUGUGCUGAGCUUCGAGAAUGGGGAGAAGUCCACAGUCCUCUUCCAUGAUGCCGGAUCUGAGCAGCUGUACGUUGGGGGCAGGGGAGCACUGCACAUCUUGACAUUUAAGGAGGAGGAGGUCAACCAGACACAGGUUCCCCUGCAGGCCGAUGAGAAGGUGGAGAAGAACUGCAGGAGCAAGCCUGGGGUGGUGCAGACCGAGUGUGACAACUACAUCCGGGUGAUCCAGAGGCUGAACGGCAGCUCCAUCAUCGUCUGCGGCACCAACGCUGGUUCCCCCAAAUGCUGGUUCCUGACCAAUGACACGACGCUGCAGCAGGACAAACAGGGCCAAGCCCUUGCCAUCAGCGGAGAGAGCCUCGCCCCGGCAUCACUGUCUCAGCCGGCUGCAGCCAUCGCUGUGGAGGGAAGCCUGUACUCGGCAUUGUCCCAGGACAGAAGCACCAUCCAGAGGAGCUAUGGCCCAAGGAAGCUACUGAGGACAGAAGACAAAUGGCUCACCAAGGCAGAGUUCGUCAGUGCCGCUUUGGUGCCGGAAAAGGAGUCCAACCUGGAUGAAAUCUACUUCUUCUAUAACGAAGUCAACAAGACAGCAGGGCUCGACGAAGAGCCUGUCAAAGUCCGGCUGGGCCGUGUGUGUAAGGUGGAUGAAGGUGGGAAGAGCCUCCUGGUCGAUUUCUGGACCACGUUCCUCCAGGCCAGGCUGGUGUGCGGCAGCCCCACCCAUCCCCAGCGCUUCAACCAGCUGCGCGACGCCGUGGUCCUGGGCAGGGGGCAGACGGGCCAAGGGAUGCUGUAUGGGAUCUUUGCCAGUGCCUGGGGCACGACCGCCGUGUGCGCCUACUCCAUGGACAUGGUGACCCACACCUUCCGAACCUCCAAGCUCAAGGGCUACACCAGCGUCCUGCCAGCGCACCGACCUGGCACGUGCGUCCCCUACAAUUCCCCCAGCGCUCCCUCCAAAGCCAUCCUCAGCAUCGUCAAAGAUUACCCCGAGAUUGAGACCGUCAUCUACCCCGAGGGGCAGCACCCCCUAUAUGUGCUGCAAACCAAUGACACCUACACCAAGGUGGUGGCUGACAGGGUCCUGGAUGCCAGCAACACUUCUCGCAUUGUCCUCUACCUUGGGACAGAGAAAGGGAAGAUCCACAAAGUCCUGCAGAGUGGAGGGCAGACGGUCAUCAUCUCUGAGCUGAGCCCUUUCCAGAGAGAGGCGCCCAUCUCUGGGAUGGCCCUGGAUGCUGCCACAGGGCACCUCUAUGCAGCCACUGAGUUCGAGGUGACGCGCCUGCCACUGGCAGACUGUGGGCAGUACAGGGAGACCUGCUGGAAGUGUGUCCUUGCCAAGGACCCAUACUGCGGAUGGGAUCCAGACAGCAAAAAAUGCUCAACCAUCUCCCAAGAGGCAAACGACACUGCCAGCAACUUCCUGCAGAGCCUGGACCCAGAGGCUGAGGACGUGUGCGAAGGUGCAGCAGAACAAGUAGCGCAGGAAGCUCUGAAAAAGGUGAGCGUGGACCCGACCAGCUACAUCUACCUCCCAUGCCCUCUGCGCUCCCACCACGCCAUCUACACCUGGGUCAAAGACGGCACCAAGCAGUACCCCUGUGCCAUGGACGGGCAUUCCUGUACGCUGCGCUUUGGGGAGAACGCCCCCAUGGACCAGGGGCUGUUCAAAUGCACAGCCACGGAGGACGGCUACCUAGAGGAGAUUACUGCCUAUAAACUCACGCUCAACGCUGCCUGCAUCCCACAGCUCUCCGUGACAGUGGCUGCUGGUGUUUUAUUCCUGGUCAUCACUACCCUCUUGCUCUAGACUUUGCCAUCCAAGCGGAGAUCUCAUUACACUGCCAACGCCCUCUCUUUCAUUUUCUUCUUGUAACCCUCCCUCCUGAUGAUUCUCCCUUUAAACCCCAAACAAAACAUGUGACGCUCUAGGAACAAAAUUCCAGGGGGCUCUUCCUAACGCUCCAAUUUGGGCAUCCCAUCAGCAAACACAGCCGUUAUGGUGGGGAUUUUGCUAGCCAUCGAUAAUUAUCCAGGAGCCUCCUUCUCAAAAUGUAAAGCAUGACUAAACUUUGCAGAGCCGGGGAGCGGGAGAAGUUAGAGUAGAGGCCAGGAGGAUAAAUGGACUAUUUAUUUUGCUGCUCAGUGGGCUAGUGAAUUUGUUCAGCACAAGACCUGCUGCCAUGCUGAUCCCAGUUUAGCAUCCAACUUGUCUGAUGGGCACUGGUCCAGACUUGGAGUUUGCUUGUUCCAAGGCUGCUGGGCGAUAGGAUUUUGCUGGUUUCCAUGAUGUGGCUUUCUAAUGCUUCUUUAAGGAACAAUCCUCCCCAGGUGCUGCUGGGGGAAAGACGAUGCAUGAGUGGGUCUCUUCCAACUCCAGCUGCUAGGAGCUAAAUCCUUUUAGCAUCCAUGUUGUUUAAAGGGAAAACUCCUCUGCUGAUGCCCCAAGUCUGACCUGUUCGGAGUCAUGAUCCAGGCUGUUCUCGCUGCAGUCCUUUAUGCACAGUUACCCUGAUUACCAGCCUGGCCUGUGUUUUCAAGAGAAGGGAGAGUGAUCAUCCAGACGCCCACACUCUGAGUUUACACUGGGGUAAAUGCAGAGUCGCUGUGCUGACUUGGCGCUUCCAGUGACGGAUCCGCCUUUAAGCAACCGUCUUCAGCUACCACCUUGCAGUGGUUUCAAUCGGCACCAUGCAGAGGCGGCUCACAACAACCUGAUGGCCAUGGGAGGGAUCUAAAGCUUGAUUCCGCACGACUGGCUCAAAUCCACCACUCUGAGCAACUGCGCUGAAAAGGGACAGGUAGAGAAGGGCUUCCAGCUAGAGGGGAUUUCAGAUCUAAAAGCGAAAGGGAGGGAGGGAAAGUUAGCGGCUGAGCUCAGUCAUACCUGUGUAAAUCUGGAUGGCACUCACAUGAAGAGGUGCAGUAUCUGAGUGGUGAAGAUGCUGUCCUACCAGCAAAAAAGAAAAGGAGAACUUGUGGCACCUUAGAGACUAACAAAUUUAUCUGAGCAUAACAAAUUUAUCUGAGCAUAAGCUUUCGUGAGCUACAGCUCACUUCAUCGGACGCAUUCGGUGGAAAAUACAGUGGGGAGAUUUCCACCGAAUGCAUCCGAUGAAGUGAGCUGUAGCUCACGAAAGCUUAUGCUCAAAUAAAUUUGUUAGUCUCUAAGGUGCCACAAGUCCUCCUUUUCUUUUUUGCGAAUACAGACUAACACGGCUGCUACUCUGAAACCUGUCCUACCAGCCUGAAGGUUGUGGGAUGAGUCUUGCUCGAUCUCAUGCUAGGAUGCUUUCUCCCCUGCAAAAUGGGUACCUGCUCCAUCAGGUUAGGGCAGGCGGGGUCCACAUCAAUUCCUUGUGUCCUGUUGGCUCUGAAAGUGAUGUGCCUUAACUGUGUCAGCCCAGUGAGCCAUUGGCUUGGGGGAAGCUUUGCCUUUGCCUCAUGAGAAUGACUCCAGUCUGACACUGCUGUAAUGGAGAUCAGAAUUUGGCCCAGAGACCAGGAGAGAUGGAUUCAAAACUGACUUUCAAUCUUGCACCAUUGCUCGUUUCCCACAGGAUUAGCCAAACCAGUGCAUUAGGUGAUUGUGUGCACUGGUAUGGAAAGAGUUAAUCAUGUCACCUUUCUCCACAUUCUGUGUCCAGAGGAUACUGACCGAGCCAGUGCCCUGGACGUUAAACUACAUUGGCUAAAUUUGCAAGCAAACCUAAAAAAACAAAGAACAUAAGAACGGUUGUACUGGGUCAGACCAAUGGUCCAUCUAGCUCAGUAUCCUGUCUUCUGACAG